GUUCUAUAAAAGCUCCAGAGGUUGGUAUGGAAUUUGAUAGCAAAGAAGCGGUGUAUGAUUUUUACAAAACAUAUGGGAAGCGUUUAGGGUUUCCCGUAAGAACUAGGAGUACCACCAAACACAAAAAUGGGGUGGAUAUAGUUGGAGUGUUACUAGAGUGUUCUCAUGUCGGUAGUAGAUCUAGUAGGUCAAAAAAUCAAUUGAAGCCUCAACCUUCAAUGCAAAUGGGGUGCGGAGCAAGAAUACGAGCACACACAAAUUAUGAGGGACGUUGGGAAAUAUCAAAAAUCUGCCUUGAUCAUACCCAUCCCAUGAGCCCAACAAAGGCUCGCCUAUUCCGGUGCCAUAGGACUUUGACUCCCCAAGCAAUGAGGCAAAUUGCAAUCAACGAUGUCGCCGGAAUACGACUUCAUAAGACCUUCAAUGCAGCCGUUGUUGAAGCCGGUGGAUAUGACCAACUUCCUUUUAUUGAAAAAGAUUGUAGGAACUACAUUCAAAAGGUAAGACAACUUAGGUUAGCGAGUGGUGAUGCCAUGGCAAUUCAAGAGUUCUUUGCUAAAAUGCAAGCUCAAUGCCCCGGAUUUUUCUUUGUCCUUGACUUAGAUGACGAAUCUCGAUUGCGUAAUGUGUUUUGGGCCGACAACCGAUGUAGAUAUGCGUACAAAGAGUUUGGAGAUGUCAUCACUUUUGACACGACCUACCUCACGAAUCGGUAUGACAUGCCUUUUGCACCUUUUGUGGGAGUUAAUCAUCACGGUCAAUCAAUUUUGCUUGGAUGCGGAUUAAUCUCUAAUGAAGAUACGCAAACAUUCGUAUGGCUCUUUAAAGCAUGGCUAGAGUGUAUGGAAGGACGUGCUCCAAUGGGCAUUAUUACGGACCAGGACCGUGCAAUGCAAAA